GGUACUAAAAGGUCCUAAUUGAAUUCUCAGGCCGCACCUCUCUAAAUAAGCCGCGCCAAACGUAAAGCGAACAAAGAUCGAUUUUGAGAAGCUCCGCUUCCCUAACUGGGGAUCGCAGGGUACUAAGAUCCGAAACUCCAUCUUCUUUCUCCUUCCUAAAUCCGGGAUUCGAGGUGAAAGGGAGUAAAAACGUUAUUUAGCUUAAAAUCCUGCGACUGAACAGCCCCAUAGUCCUCUUCAUCUCUUGUUCUCUCCUCUACGAUCGCAAUCUAUCUCUUUUAUACCACACCGCGCUUCUAAGCAAUGAUAAAGAGGCGAUUCUAUAAAGUCGAGCACGGAGACAUUAGCGGCACUUCUGAGUCAUCGUCAUCGGAUGACUCCGACUCUUUUAAUGAAGUAGAUGCGGAGGAAGGCCGUGAUGUUGAAGAUGAGGAGGGAAGAAGGGGAGGUGAUAAGAACAUUCUGCUUCACCGUUCUCCCGGGUCAGGGUAUGAAAGCGAGGACAGUUCAAAUAACCAGGGCGAUGUUGAUACCUCAGAGAUUCUUAUUAAUGAGGAAGAUAUGACUGGUGAUAACAUGAAAGGCAGCAAGAUGGUUGACAAGGUACCUGGUAAUGAAGUUGAGAUGGCUCAUGAAAUGACAGGGAGAAAGAUACAUCCAAUUCAGACCAAUAUUUCCAACUUUAUUCUUAAAUUUAAGUCAGUUUUCAAGUGUAGACUGUGCCCCAGAAUUCUCUGCUUAAAUGAAGAUGCUGUUGGUGCACACCUCUCUUCAAAAAGGCAUGCGGGGUCCAAAAAGCUGCAUGAUGAGGGUAGGCUGAAAUUAAUGUUAAACAGCGAUGGAGAACUUGAGGAGGAGCAGGAGACACAUGCUGAAAGGCAUGCUAGAAUUUUAGCUCUAUCUGAGAGGGUGUGCACUACAUCUAACAAUGGAAAAUCAGAACCGUCCAUUAAAAAUUGCUCCAAGAAGAGGCGAACGGUGGAUACCUGAAGAGCCCUUUGAGGCGUUCUCCACCGCUCAUCCAUUUUGAUGGCUGGUUGCUUUCGACAGAUGAAUUUAUUUGUUUUCUUAUUUUUCAGCAGAGUAAAAUCUAGAAAAUUAUUUAUCCAAAAACAGUAUAAAGAUUAUAAUUGAAUUAUUAUUAUUUUCUGGCUUAGUGAACGAACAAACC